AUGGGGAAACCGACCCACCUUAAGUUACAAGCAAAACUGGACAUAGUGAAGCGGAAAAUGGGUGUAGAAGACGGAAAGCUGAACCCAUUUGAUCAUAUUAAGGUGAAUACACGCCGUCAAGUCCUCAACAAAGGGGAGCAUAAAUAUAGACACACUUGUGCAAAGCCCAUUACCGAGGCAAUCAAAAAACCACUUGGUUCUGCGGGUAACAAUGCUCACGUAAUAGCGGAAAUAAAUGAUGAGCGCAUUGUUCCGAAGCAAGGAGAAAAGGGCUAUUCCUAUCAACGUAGCGAACUCAUACGACACAGUAUUAAUCAGACACCACAGAAAUUCGAUUUUCCAGAUAAUACGCGGCCAGAUGAGCGGAUUUUUUAUGAGCGGGAAAUGAGGCAGCGUGCUAGAGAUGUUUACGCCGAGGUCCGUGCUAAAGCAAAAGCCUACCGAGAAGAGCAUAAGCGUAUUAAUAGAGAUGUUUCAGAAGCCGUACAACAGCUCGACAGAGCUUAUGGGACAGUGUCUCGACUGUUGCCGAAAGAGACUCGUCUGGAAUCCCAGUCCAUUGUUGCAGAGUUUCAACCUUUAGAUGGAGUCCGCGUCCAUGCGUCACGUGGGGCUACUAAUUUAGCCGACGCAGUAAGAGCGUGUGCUGAAACACUGGAGAAAAUGGAUAGAGACAGGAGCACAGCUCCAGUUAUGCGUCCUAAACUUGACCACCAGCAAUCCACCAAUAUUACCAGUAAUGAUCCAGAGUGCCUUAACGGAGAUUUCAACUUAGGAGAUAAUUUUUCAUCUGAUACUCCUGAAGAAUCUGAUACGCAAAGUGGCACAGAAGGCAAUGAGCACAGUGAGGAAGAUGAUACUAGAGAGCAUCAGUUGCCUCAUUUUCUCUGCCGGGAAGUUCAGCCCACAUAUUUCGAAAAGCUGUCAUUCUCGUUGCCAGUUCCAAGUACUAUGGAUGAGUUCCAGGCAAUGUUGGACUCUGUUCAAUCGAUUGAGGAGAUACUGGUCCUAGACAGGCUCAUUAAGUCCAACUCUACGCUCUUGGAAAGAUCUAAUCGUCCCGAAAUGGAGAGAUUGGGAUCUUUCUGCACCACUCGCUUCAUGUACCUCAUCUAUGACGCGCCUGAACUAGAUCCAGUUCGCAUUGACGCUCAGGCUCGAGGACUACGACAUAUAACCAGUGAAAUUCCACAUUACAUGAUGUCUGCCUAUCAAAAGCUUAUCUUAACGUAUCACAAAGCGGUCCAGGCUGUGAAUUUUAUGAGGAUCUCUCUACACAAUCAGGAGGCCUUAAAAAGCAAAUGCUCUAAUAAGAAGAAAAGAAUAGAAGGUCUUGACACUGUGCUUUUUUCCACUGCAUCUAUAGCCAGUCAAAAAACAGAGGCCUGUGAUGAGCAGCCAAAAGGGUUUCUUUCUCUACAUGGUCGUGCAAUAUUUGGAGGUGUUAUGCUUUCUAAUUUAAUGGCCAUUGUUUUUCCACAAGGAACUUGGUAUACGUUAUCCCCAGAUGAGUUUGCACUCACUAAUAUGCGCGUGUUUGAGGAACAGCCUCUCUAUACCGCUAUGUUUUUGGCCAACGACGCUCCAAUUCAAGGUCUGUGUUUGCGCCUUGAACAGAUUCUUUUGACAACAGAGGAUGCACUAAUUAAUAUGAAUAGCUGCAUGCUCUGUACAAUAUAUCAAGAGACUCUUUUCUUGCAGGCUCUCGUUCUGACCACCCUCAUGCUAAGUAAUGCAACUCAACUUCAUAUUCCAUCUGUGUCUCGAGGCCUCGCGUGUAUACUCCGUGUAUAUUCCAAGUUAUUUGCACACUCCGUUGCCAUCACAGACACACCUAAGAAGGUUUUUCAAUCUAUUACUGCGCCGUACAUAGUCCUAAGUGUACCAACAGAACACAAGAUUGAGUUGCUACCGUCUCUAUUCCAGGACGAUCUGACUUUCACCCUGGGAAAUAUAUUAGCAGGGUUCUCAACAGUUCUCAACGCAUGUUUCUUACAACUUAAGAUCGCAAAGAAGUACGACCUAUCCUCACAGUACUCACUUCUAUUGCCAAUUUGCAAGGAGCUCCAAUCUCACUUAGUGCCUGCAGAAAGUUAUAGCACCCCUGGUACACAAUUCUCGAUUCAGUGGUCUCUUAAUUUGCUGGUUGAGACGCUGUCGUCUGAAAGAAAAGAGCAGAGUCUAAGUUGGAUAGAUGAUAGGCUUCCUGAGAUCAAAGCAAACGAACCUAUGUAUAUGGUUGACUUUUGCCCAGGAAAGAGUAUGGAUCCCAACAAGGCCCGCGAGCGCGCCCGUGUAGAAGAGAAGCGUAUCAAAAAGCAGAAACGAGACGAGGAGCGGAGUGCUCGGAGAGAAAUCAGACGGAAAGCAGCUCUCCGAACAGAACAAAAGCUAAAGCUUAAAACAGGACGAGAGCGCGCCGCCAAUAAAGUUCAACAUAUGUUGGAAGUUGAUCAACAUAGUUACAAAGACCUGGACGCAGCAAGAGCACGGCUCCUAAAGAAGCGUGGCGCAUCUGGACGAGCAGGAGGGAGGUAA